CUGUAAUGUAUGACUGCUGCUGGUUGUCCUUGCUCUUGGUAACCUCUGAUCCCGGAAGCUCAUCCGGAUGGUGACGUUGUUCAAGACAUGGCGAUGGCGCGUUUGUUUGUUGUCUGGAGCUGGACAUUUCUUAUCUGCAUGUUGUUGUCGACGUCGGUUCAAGGCCGAAUUCAUCGCCUGAUCCUAAAGGAUGAUAUUAGGCAAAAGAUCCAUUUAAACACAUUUGGUUUCUUCAAGAAUGGAAAUAUGACUGUGGAAAUGACCAGUUUGACAUCAAAAGAGGUUGACUUCAAAACUGUUGAUACCUCCGCACUGGGCCUUAGUUUGGACAAAACCAAAAAUGAUGGCUUCUCAUCCUAUUUGGAAGAAGAUAUUGAUUUUUGCUUCUUGAAGAAAAAGCCUCCAAAUAAUAUACCUAUUACACUCUUCCUUAUUGACUUUGGAAAACUUCAAGUUAAAGUUCUGACAUCUGGAAACAAUCAGCCAACAAUCAAUGUUGGAACUGCAGGAAGCCAACCAGUCAAGGAUAAAAGCAGCAAGACAGAUGUGAAAUCACAGAGUGAGUCUAAGAAAGUGGGAGAACUCCAAAAAAAGAAUGAAACCAUAAAACAGUCUGAGCAAGUGCAAAAGGCAAAACCAAAAUCUGGAAGUGCUGUUGAACCAAAGGAUGAAACUAUUCCACUGCAGAAAAAAAAUCUAUCCUAUUCAUUCAUGUUCUCACUUACUAUUAACAGUGAAGAGGAGCAGGGACUUUACAGUCUGUACUUUCAUAAUUGCUACACUGAUGAAAAGCCAUCUCCGCAGUCUUUCCGGUUUGACAUGGAUAUUACAAUUGUGGAACAGAAUCCUGGCAGUUAUUUAUCUGCAGGAGAGAUCCCACUCCCCAAACUCUAUAUUUCUAUGGCUUUCUUCUUCUUUCUGGCUGGAGUUUUCUGGGUUUAUAUCCUCCGGAAGCGCAGCAGUGAUGUGUUUAAGAUCCAUUGGCUGAUGGGGGCGCUUGCAUUCACCAAAUCCUUGUCUCUUGUUUUCCAUGCUAUUGAUUAUCACUUUAUAUCAACUCAGGGUUAUCCCAUUGAAGGUUGGGCUGUGGUAUACUACAUAACUCACUUGUUGAAAGGUGCUCUGUUGUUCAUUACAAUUUCACUAAUCGGAACAGGCUGGGCCUUCGUUAAACACAUCCUGUCUGACAAAGACAAGAAAAUCUUUAUGAUAGUUAUUCCACUCCAGGUCCUUGCUAAUGUCGCUUACAUCAUUAUUGAAUCGACAGAAGAAGGAACGACAGAAUAUGGACUGUGGAAAGAGAUCCUCUUUCUUGUUGAUCUCCUUUGUUGUGGUGCCAUCCUAUUCCCUGUUGUGUGGUCAAUUAGACAUUUGCAAGAAGCAUCAGCUACAGAUGGAAAAGCUGCAGUUAACUUGGCGAAACUGAAGCUAUUCAGACAUUAUUAUGUUAUGAUUGUGUGUUACAUUUAUUUUACGCGGAUCAUAGCAAUUCUGAUCAAAAUCAUUGUGCCUUUCCAGUGGAAAUGGCUGUAUCAGUUCCUAGAUGAACUUGCCACGCUUGUGUUCUUCUGUUUGACGGGAUAUAAGUUUCGACCAGCUUCAGACAAUCCCUACCUUCAACUACCUCAGAAUGAGGAAGAUGUAGAGAUGGAUGAAGUUGCACAGGUUGGCACAACCACCUUAUCCCAAGGAUUUCACAUGGCUGCUUCAUUCCAAGUGAAAUGAAAACAGAAAGUGCUGGAAAACCCUUUUUCAGCUACGGACAUUUCCCUUAAGCUUUAAAAAAAAGUAUAUACUUGGGUAAUGGUCGAAUUUUAUUGACAAUUUUUGAAUGUUAAAUUUAUGGGGUCGACUAAUACAUGUAUAUUACUGUUGAGGGGCUGAGAUUCAUGCUGUACCAUUAGCAGAAGCCCAAUUGAUCUCUAAACGGAUAAGGAAGAUAAACGACUUAUGAUAAUUCUGAAAACAUGGAGUGGAACACAACAGCCAGUGGACUGGAAGACAGAGAGCGGAGCAGAACAACUGGCAAACUGGAAAGCUGAAGUGGAACGUGACGGCUGGUACACUGACUCAUAAACAUUGAUCUGUUCUCUGUGAAGAGCUCGGGUCGAUUUUUACAUGAGAUAUAUGGAAAAUUUCAGGUUAUUUGGCCAUAAAUAUGGGAUUGACUUUUACAUGAGAUCGACUAUUACUCGAGUAGUUACGGUAAAAUCUAGAACACACUAACAAACCUUAUAUUUAACUUGCUGGAGCACAAAACAAUAUAAAAUGAAACCCCAUUUUUGUUGCAGAAAAUCACUUCACUAGAAAGCCAAGCUUCAAGAAAUGUCUUAAAAAAAAAUUAUUGUGGCGACAGAAUAACAUAGAAAUGAAUUACUAAUUUCAGACUCUCAGCCCACUAGUUACUAACAAAAAAAUGGAAAUCCGAAGUUACAACAAAUAAUGUCAAAAAUAUAAUCAAAAUCCCCCAGUUUACAUCAAAUACAAAAAUGAGACAGUGCAUGUAUACUGUAGUGAGUUAACAGUACACAAAGAAUGGUACUUCAACCUGAUAUCUUGGGUACUUCUGUGAAUCUGCAUCUCUUUCUCUCUCUAAGGCAACUCAUUAA